GAAAAAAUCUUACAUCGUGAUCUAGGCGUUGUGCUGUCAACUUCACAAAACAGAAAAGUGUACAAACUGAAAUUAUGUGUAUGUAAACGGAUUAAUAAAAGAUGGGAGGACUCUUUUCUUCAAAGGGAAAAGAGAAAAAGGCAGAAUCAAGAGUUACAGAACAAGACAAAGCAGUAUUGCAAUUAAAGCAACAAAGGGACAAACUAAAGCAAUACCAAAAGAAGAUCAAUGUACAGAUAGAAAAAGACAGAAAUGUGGCUAAACAACUGCUGCAUGAUGGGAGAAAAGAUAAAGCUAAGUUAAUGUUGAGAAAGAAAAAGUUCCAGGAGUCAUUACUGGAGAAGACUGAUGGACAGUUAGAUAACAUAGACAGAAUGGUGACUGAUUUAGAAUUUGCUCAAGUUGAAAGCCAGGUUGUUCAAGGACUUAAAGUAGGCAAUGAAUCCCUGAAAAAAUUACAUCAGCUGCUGUCACUAGAAGAUGUUGAAAAGAUAAUGGAUGAAACCAGAGAAGGAAUAGAAUACCAACAGGAAAUAGAUGAUCUAUUAUCAGGAGGACUUUCAGCUCAAGAUGAAGAUGAUGUGUUAGCAGAACUUGACGCUAUUGUACAGGCUGAAGUAACAGAUGAACUACCUGAUGUACCAGACGAUGAACUUCCUGAAGAGAAAAGGAAAGACAAAGCCAGGAAAGAGAAAAGACAAGCAGAAGCCCUUGCAUCAUGACACAUGGACAAUGAUAGUGUAUUUUCUUUUAAACUAUUACCUAUAUAAACAAAAACUAUAGAAUGAAACGAAAGAUGACUUGUAGUCGCACUGAAAAUUAAAAUUACAGCACUAAAGGAUAUUUUUCCAAGUGCUCUUGAAAAUGCAUAAUCAAAGACUUAUUUAACCAUUUUCAUUUGAUAAUUUGGUGUAAAGGUUUGUCUUUAUAACCUGAAACAUAAAGUUUCAUAAAAAAACUUGUUUUCGCUUUAUGGUAUUUAUUACAUGUAGAAAACAAUAUGUUAAGAGUUUUGUCUUUUUAUUUAUCAGAAAAACCUAUAUAUGAAUUGAUUUAUUUGUUUGUAAAUUAUGUGAGUUGCAUGUUAUAUAUAAACUUCAAAUAAUAUAUUUAACUUAAGAAUUUUUAUAAAAAAGAAAUUAAAUAAACUGAAUUAUUUACUAUUGUAAAGUUAGGCGGAUUAUCUCCCUUUAUAUUUUUAAAAUAACAGAUUUUUCCCUUUAAGGGGGCUCGCGGGUCUA